GUUAGCAAUACGCGUAAUAAUUACUCUGUAAUUACUAAAUUUGAUUUCUGACAUCAUCAUCUUCGUUUUCCAGCUCUGCGUUGCUCUGGUCUUGUUUCCCAGGCGCUCUCCCUUCCUCACCGCCUAUUUCCGUACGCGAUCUCAUACAGUUUCUCUGAUCCGUCAUUCUCCCCGCGCCGGAGUAUCGCAGAUCUAAUAGUUGACUUGCAGGAGGAUUUGCGUUUGCUUGAGCUGAGUGAGUUCAGAUGGGACUCCUUGAUGGACUCCCUAUUCCCCAAGACAAGUUGUACUUAAGGGAAGAAUUAUCUAAGAUAGAUGAAAGUUGGACAGCUGCACGGUUUGAUUCGCUUCCCCAUGUAGUGCAUAUUCUGACCUCAAAGGAUCGGGAAGGUGAUCUGCAGAUUUUGAAGGAGCAGAGUGGGAUAAUUGAGGAUGUUGUGGAUGAAGUAGUACACGCAUACCAUGGUGGAUUCAAUAAAGCAAUUCAAAAUUAUUCCCAGAUCUUGCGGAUAUUUAGUGAAUCUGCUCAGAGCAUUGCUGUCUUAAAGGGUGAUUUGUCUGAUGCGAAGAAACUCCUGGGUACCCGUAAUAAGCAAUUGCAUCAGUUAUGGUAUCGGUCGGUUACACUGCGACAUAUUAUAGCUCUCUUAGAUCAAAUUGAAGGCAUAGCUAAGGUUCCAGCUCGGAUUGAGAAGCUGAUUUCUGAAAAGAAGUUUUAUGCUGCAGUGCAGUUGCAAGUUCAAUCAGCUCUAAUGCUUGAAAGAGAGGGCCUUCAGACUGUUGGUGCUCUACAGGAUGUCAGAUCUGAGUUGACCAAGCUGCGGGGAAUUCUCUUCUACAAGGUUUUGGAGGAUCUGCAUGCACACCUUUAUAAUAAGGGUGAAUACAGUCCAGCUCUGUUAAAUAUUAGUGAAAGGGAUGAUGAAGUGUCAACUAGAACAGCUAUUACAUUGUCUAUGAACAACUCACAGCCUCUAUCCCGAAGAACCAGGCUACUAAAAGGUGACAAUCACUUUGGUUUGUUUGGAGUUGGUGAUGGAUCUGACAGACCUAGUUCUGUUGAUGGGGGUUUAUUUUUCGAUGGUCAUGAUGAGGAUGGUGCGCUGGAACAUGAUGAUGCUACAUCAGAUGGUUAUACAAUAAGGGCCAAUGGUGGUGAUGUUGCUCUCAAGGAAUCAAAGAUCAUUUCUCGACAAACUCCAAUAUGGCUUUCUGAUUCUACUCCUGAUGAAUUUGUUGAAGCAAUGAGAAAGAGCGAAGCUCCCUUUCACGUGAAGUAUCUGCAGACCAUGGUUGAGUGCCUUUGUAUGCUUGGCAAAGUUGCUGCAGCUGGUGCUAUGAUAUGUCAAAGGUUGAGGCCUACCAUUCAUGAGAUAAUUACUACCAAGAUAAAAUCUCAUGCACAGAACAUCAAUAGUUCAAGGCAUGGCAUUGCCCCAACUUCUCAUAAGGGUAUUACAGGUCUACACUAUCUGAAAGGAAAAGUUGAGAGUUAUCAGCCUCCUAAACAAAAGUGCCAAAAUGGGAUAUCAUUGGCUGGAGUGGUUCUUGCAGUCAGUCCUGUCUCAUCUGUAAUGGCUCCUACAGGAGCAGCUCAGGCUGCUGCAAAGGAGCUUCUUGAUUCAAUUUUGGAUACUGUUGCUCAUAUGUUUGAGAACCAUGUCAUUGUUGGGGAGCUUCUAGAGUCAAAAUCCUCACAACAAUUUGACUUGAAUGCACCAAAGUCUAUACCAGCAGAUAUUAACUGGAAUCCAGAUUCAGACAUAUCUAAUGAUACUGGAGGUUAUAGUAUUGGCUUUUCCUUGACUGUCUUACAGAGUGAAUGCCAACAACUGAUAUGUGAGAUCCUACGAGCAACACCUGAAGCUGCUUCUGCAGAUGCUGCUGUCCAAACAGCUAGACUUGCAAGCAAGACACCUUCAAAGGAUAAGAGAGAUGGAUCAGAAGAUGGUCUUACUUUUGCUUUUCGCUUCACAGAUGCUGCUGUAUCCAUUCCUAACCAGGGACUUGAUCUGAUUCGCCAAGGAUGGAACAGGAGGGGUGCAAAUGUACUUAAGGAAGGUUAUGGUACUACAGCUAUUUUACCCGAGCAGGGAAUAUAUUUAGCAGCAUCUGUAUACCGACCUGUUCUUCAGUUUACAGAUAAAGUUGCUUCAAUGCUGCCUCAAAAGUAUUCCCAACUUGGGAAUGAUGGGUUGCUAGCAUUUGUUGAGAACUUUGUGAAGGAUCACUUCUUACCAGCAAUGUUUGUAGAUUACAGGAAAGCUGUACAACAGGCCAUAGCAAGCCCAGCUGCAUUUCGGCCACGAGCACAAGCUGCUACUUCUUACUCUUCAUCAAUUGAGAAAGGACGACCUGUGUUACAAGGACUUUUGGCAAUAGACUUUUUAGCGAAAGAGGUGCUUGGCUGGGCUCAGGCAAUGCCUAAAUUUGCGGCUGAUCUUGUGAACUAUGUGCAAACUUUUCUUGAAAGGACAUACGAAAGAUGCCGAACUUCAUACAUGGAGGCAGUUCUUGAAAAGCAAAGUUAUAUGCUCAUUGGAAGACAUGAUAUUGAAAAUCUUAUGCGACUUGAUCCAGCUAGUGCAUGUUUACCAAGUUCUCUUGGUUACGCAAGCUCAGAAAAUACUGCUUCUGGUGCUGAGGAUUCAGAGGUUGAGAUGGAAAUAAGUGAUGUAUUACUGAAGUUGAGGCCAAUCAAGCAGGAAAACUUGAUUCGUGAUGACAACAAACUUGUUCUGUUGGCAUCCUUGAGCGAUUCAUUGGAAUUUGUUGCAGACUCAAUAGAAAGGCUCGCAAAAACGUGUAGCCGAGAAACUACUCAAAUGGAGGAGAAUGGGAAUACGAAAACUCACAAACAUUCUAGAACAACUAGCUCCCUUCCCAAGGAUCUUGCAACAUUUGCUGAAGAAUAUAGAAAAUUAGCAGUAGAUUGCCUCAAGAUUCUGCGUAUAGAAAUGCAGUUGGAGACUAUUUUCCACAUGCAGGAAAUGACAAGUAGGGACUAUCUGGAUGACCAAGAUGCAGAGGAGCCUGAUGAUUAUGUAAUUUCAUUAACAUCCCUGAUAACACGGCGAGAUGAGGAAAUGUCACCUUUCAUCACAGGAUCAAAGAGGAGCUAUAUUUUUGGCGGAAUAUGCAGUGUUGCAGCUAAUGCUUCCAUUAAGGCUUUAACCGAAAUAAAAUCUAUCAACCUAUUUGGAGUUCAACAGAUAUGUCGCAACUCAAUAGCACUGGAACAGGCUCUUGCAGCUAUCCCCUCAAUUGACAGUGAAGCUGUGCAGUUGAGGUUAGAUCGUGUCCGAACAUAUUAUGAACUACUAAACAUGCCAUUUGAGGCCAUACUUGCAUUCAUCAGCGAGCAUGAGCACCUGUUUACAACUGCAGAGUAUUCGAGUCUUCUAAAGGUCCAGGUUCCAGGAAGAGAUAUUCCAGCUGAUGCAGAGGCACGUCUAUCUGAGAUAUUACUUCACUAGAAUUCCAACCAGGUAAUCUUCUUGAGAAGUGCUGUGCUUGCAGAUUCUUUGUCUAUCGAUUGCAAUGUUUGUCGAGGAAGAACAUUUUAUGGUUGUACAGGAAUAUUGUAUAUUUGUGCCAGUUGCAUCGUCGAGGCAAACUUCCAUGUAUAAUUGAGUUCGCAUUGUUGUCUGCGUAUCAUCAUGCCAUUUUACUUUAGUCGUGUCGUUGUAGCAUCAAAUUUUCUCCCCUUUUUGUCUUAGGGUAGUGUAGGGGCAUUUGCUUUAUAUAGGUGUGUAACAAAUUGUGUGAAACGUUUAAGUUGGUAAUACAGAGUUUACUCAUUGCUGAAGUUCAAA